AAUCCUUAGUUUUGAUUGCAUUAUGAAAAGUGACCAAAUGUUUGUCAUUGUUUACCACAGAAAAUAUGGGAACUCAAAUUAGCUGGAUUUGCCUUGUUGGACUUUGAAUGCCUAUCCUUUUUUAGAACUGAGAACAAAUUUUCUGCAUUUAUCCCAUUUACGUAAUUCACAUACAAACAAUGCAUAUAUUACGUUGUAGUGGUGUGCAAUGGGGAAGAUUGAAAUUUUGUCGCUUUAUGUCUUCGAAGAGUAAACGAAUAAUAGCAAGUGAUAUAUUGCAACGAAGAAAAUAUGAUUUCAUUAAAAAAAUUGAAAAAAUAUCUGAAAAGCAAAAAUUAUGGAAGGAAGAAGGCACUUUAGCUGGAGUACUGGUGCCAUUUUGUGUUGUCGAUUGUAAGCCAUCUAUAUUACUCACUAAAAGAUCGUCGAAAAUUAUACGAAAUAAGAGUGAUGUAUGUUUUCCUGGUGGAAAAAUGGACAAAGGAGUAGAUAACACCAUUAUUGAUACUGCUUUAAGGGAAACUAAUGAAGAAAUAGGUCUUUCAACAUGUGAUGUUGAAGUAUGGUUAGCUACAAAACCAAUUGCUGCAAGCUAUGAUGAAACAAUAAGUGUAGUACCAGUAUUUGGCUACAUCCAUAAUGUUGAUAUAUCAACUUUGACAAUCAAUAAAAAUGAGGUGGAGUCUGUCUUCACUGUUGCAUUGGAGGAUUUAUGUGAUGUUGCACAACAAGCUCAUACCAAGUUUAAAAGUGGAACAGUUUUGCCCUUAUUUUAUCAACAUCCUUAUAAAAUUUGGGGGUUCACUGCAGUAAUUAUGGAUUUUUGUCUUGCAAAUCUUUUACCAGACUUUUAUACUCUUAGGUUUGUCUCUUCAAGAAAACAAAAACAAUGACAGUAUUUUUAUUUAAUUUAUAAAAACUAAACUGAACAUGGUUCACAACGUUCUGGAGAAGUGUUAUAUUGCAUUUCACGUAAAUAAAGAUUUUUAUUGAUUUGA